AUGAAUACCUCUUUAGACCGGUACUCAAUGAUGAUUGUUUCAAAAUAUUUUAAUUGUUUAUACCACUUCGAAAAAAUGGUUUUAGUCUGCAAAAAGUUUAAAGAGAUCCCACUGAUGUUUCAUUUUAAUCCAAUUCAAUGGAAUCCAAAAAUGGUUAAUUAUUUCGAAAAUGUUGAAACUCUUCACCUUUAUGACAAAAAAGACGAAUUUGUCCCUGGAUUUUUUCAAUAUUAUGUGCAUUACCCAAUUGAACUUUCCAGAUACAAAAAGUUGAAUAAGAAAAUAAAAGUGAUAUGCCCACAUAUCACAUUUUCUUCUGGUGAUUUACAAAACAACUGUUCAUAUAAAGAAGCAUCUAUAUUAUCACCAUAUGCGUUUAAAUCAAAAUUCAAAAUAUUUACUGAUUUGGAGUGUUCUAAUAUUUCUAAAUUAUCCAUAAAAACCUUUAAAUACAAUAAAUUAUUGAACUCAAUUACACUUUCUGAUCAUAUCAACACAAUACCCGAUUUGUGUUUUGAGGGGUGUGCUUCCCUUAAAGAAAUUAAUUUAAAAAACGUCAGUGUACUGGGAUCAAAGUGUUUUGUUGGGUGUGACACACUCUCUGCUCUCACAUUUUGCUCAAAUUUGACAAAGUGUGGUAAAUACCCAUUUUACGACGUGUUAAAUAUUAAACACGUGACUUCAUUUCCUUCACAAACUGUUGAAUUGGAAUUAAACGUGUCAUGUUCAAGUGUAUUUUCUAAUAUCAGGAAAACAUUAUUUAUCACACAAAGUGAUGUUAGAAGAGGGGUUUCGAUUGACUGUGAAGUUAAUGAAAUCUGUGAAUCCGCUUUUUCUGGAAAUAAAAAUUUGAGUGAUAAAUACAUUGCGCCGACAAUCAAAGUAAUUCGCAAAAAUGCGUUAUCUGAUUGUGAUUUGAAGCAACUUGAUUUGUCGCACAUGGAGGUUUUUGAAAAACAAGAGAACCUAAAAAUGAUCACUGCACUCACUUUGAAUUCGAAGAGCUAUUUUAACAAUUUGUAUCAAUGCAAUUCGUUACAAUCAAUCAAAAUUGUUGGUACUCAAUCUGUGAAUUGCAAAGCCGCUUGUUGGAUGAAGACUCUAGAUGACAGAAAGAAUCUAAUAGUUGAUGAGUAUGUGUAUUCCUGUAAGGAUUGUGAGUUAUUUAAUGGGCUGUUACCAUUUGAUAUCACAAAUUUAAAAACAAUAGAAAAGGAUGUAAGAUUAAAAGAUUUGGAAAUUGACACUUAUCAAGUCCCAGACAAUAUAUCUUUAUUAUAUGCAGAAAAUUUUCGUGAGUGUAAAAACAUCAAAAAAUUACUUUUACCAAAAUGUCUUAAUACUCGUUUUGACUUUUCAAUAUUAGAAACAAUCAAAGAAGCAGCUCUACCUUAUAAAAUAAAUAAGAACAUAUAUUCAAGUGGGCAAUUGACAUCAAUCACAUUCCUUGACGACGAUUUUUUAAAUAACCAAAGAAUGGACAACAUUAAUUUUCAAAACCUUAAAAACGUCGAAUUUUCACAUCCAUUAACAGACGGAAUUUAUCGUACAAAUCUCGAUUACAGAAUUUUUAAGUUUUUAAUUAAAAAUUACAAAAUUGAAGGAGAAGUAGUAUUGUAUGAUGUUAUUGAAUCGGAUGUUAAAAAUGGAAUUUUAAUUAUUCCAGACGAAGUGACUGUUAUAAAGUGCUAUUCAUUGAAUCGGUGUGACCAUUUGAAAGAAAUAUGGGUUGGUAAAAACACGCGGUUGAUUAAAAGCAAUUCAUUUCAUGACUGUAAAAAUCUCGUGUUAGUCAAAAAUUUAAAAAAAUCAGUGAUUGUUGAAAAGUUUGCGUUCAAAAAUGCAAAUCCAAAUUUGUAUUUCGAUAUUAUUACCGUAUAUCCUUAA